UAUAAGAAUGCACUAUGACCUCACUUAAUACAUGGUUUUAAAUAGCGGGGGUCAUGUUAGAUAAUCCAAGCUCGUGGUGUUUACUUUCUCGGCUAAGAUUCUCACGAAAGACGCGCUCAUCUCACGCAAUAGUGAGGGGUAAGGGAUAAGUAGGUAGGUAAGCAGACUUGAUAAGAGCCCUGCUUUUUCUCUGCGCAAACCCCAAAUGCCAAGUUACAUCACCGGAGCCGUAACCAACAGGAAGGUUAGAAAACCUGCCGAUCCCCCAUCAAGAAAUUCGCAUCUCCGCAUAACCCCAGGGUAGUUAGCUUCGCUGCGACGGCCAGCUCGGCUCUAUAAGGAGCCGGAUGUGGGCGUCGACGAUAAGGCGCGAGCUCUGCAGCUUCGGCAGCGUACAGCCAAGCUGCGGUGGGACAUGGCGGAGCUAUGCGAAGAUAAGCACAAUCCCUCCGUCCAGCGCGAUAGAAAGAUCAAUCCUUGCCGGGAGAGGGAAUACGAGUCUGCAUAAAUACGACUUGAGAAGUUAUCAUGGCCAGAUUAUUCCGAGCUGGAGGUUUACCUCCAUCCUCGACGACACGCUUUCUCGGAGUCGAAGAAGAUGGGGUUUUGGAAUUUCGCAUCUCGAAGCGCAACGCUUCUGCAUUGCGCGUGCUCGGUGUUUGCCGUGGCUGAGAAACGUAGUGCCUGGAAACACCUGCAGACAACGCAGCAUGGUAGCGUCGCGUUUGAGCUUGGUAACCAAACGUACCUAGCGAAUAUUAAACACCCCAAGGCGGUUCUCAGCGGCAACUACUCUGCUAUAGCAACCCGACAAGAUUCCCCGGUGCCAUUAACCGUCAUAUUCGCGGAGGGCGAUGUCGUGACGGGCGAUUACCUGCAGGGUGUGAUUACAAGCUACUUAGAAGGCGACGAUGUAUUUUCAGAGGACUUCUUGGAGGCAUUGUACAUCGCCAGCAACAGUACGGGCGGCAAUCCGAUACUCGAUACUAGUGCUCUGACAUACCUAAGCGGACUCGCGCCUAAGCACAUAUUCUUAGAUAGCAGCUUUGGAGGAAGACGCCUCUCUUCAAAUGUCCCUGUCAUAUAUAUCGCAGCUCCGAGCAACCUUACCGCCGGACCAUACGCCGCCUCGAUCUCGGAGACUUCGAUAGCAUUCAGCACGGUGUACCGCCUGUACCGAGACUCAUACCGAGAUUUCCUCUAUGGGACAUACGACUCCAACGACGGCACCGGCUCCUUCCGCCCCGUCUCCAUCCACCAAUCUCGAUUCUGGGACCCGAUGAUACCAGUCCCCUCGCGGAUCUACAGCUGGGGCGACCCGCGGCCGCUCGCAGGAUCGCGGGUCGCCAUCAAAGACCUGUACGACAUGAGAGGCCUCGUAACAUCCGGCGGCAGCCAAGCGUGGGCGUCCAUAACCGGCCCCGCGAACGCGACGGCGCCGUCCGUGCAGCGCAUCGUGGACCUAGGCGGCGUGCCGGUGGGCAAGUACAAGCUGGCGCAGUUCGCGUCCGGCGCGGACCCGUGGGAGUGGCAGGACGAGCACUACCCGUUUAAUCCGCGCGGCGACGGCUGGCUGACGUGCUCCGCGAGCUCGUCGGGGGGCGGGUGCAGCGUGGCUGCGUACAGCUGGCUCGACUUCGCGAUCGGGUCGGACACGGGGUCGUCGAUGAGGCGGCCGGCCGCGGUCUCGGGUACGUACGGGAAUAGGCCGAGUCAGGGGAUGAUGACGCUGGAGGGGGUUAUGCCGCUUGGCGCGGCGACCGACACGGCGGGGGUGUUCUCGCGGAACGUAAAGGAUUGGGUGCGCUUCGCGAAGAAUUGGUAUAUCCCUGAGCUAUGCCAGGACUCCUCGAUUACGGGCUUGAGUCCCCUUGUCGUGCCUAAUUCGUAUAGUUUCCCUAAACGGAUCCUAUAUCUAACAGAUUAUUUACCGCUGAAGAAUCCUGCCGCGGAGGAGAUAUUGCAGGAGUUCAUCCGCAACAUGACGGCAGUCUUCGGAAUGACGGUCGAGGACUUCAAUUUGACGGCGGUAGUCGGGAACACGACGGACGAGGUCCCCAAGUACGACGCCCUCAACAACGCAACGCAGAUUAUCGACACCAUAACGCAGUACCAAGAAGUCGGCAAGCCGCUCCUCGCAACGUGGAGCUCCCUCUACGACGGGCGCUUCCCGCCCAUCGACCCGGCGCGGCGGCCUUACUGGAAAUCGUACGACGAAUCUGUCUACAACGAUACUCUGUACAAUCAAUCCCUGGCGACCAAGCGCGCGGCCGUAGACUGGUUCGAGACCAACAUCCUGUACUCGACGCCGGAAUCGUGCAGCGAAAGCAUCAUGCUCUGGGAUAUCGGGACGGGCGGGCUGCCGAGCUACCGCGAGGAAUCCCUCAACAGCAACCCGAACACGACGGCCUUCCUAGCGGUGACGCCGCCGACGGCGGGCAUCAGCGGCGCGAGCCUGUGCCCUAUCUACGGGUGCGUGGACAUGACGAUCCCGAUUGGCCAGGUGCCGUACGCGAGCAACGUGACAUUCGUCGAGGAGAUGGUGCCGGUGACCGUCAGCGUUAUCGCGAAGAGGGGCUGCGAUUUCAUGCUUUGGAACAUGUGGGAGAAGCUCGCGGACGAAGGCAUGCUGAGGACUAUCAAGACGGGGAGGACUGCGUUUUAAGCGGACGGAGGGAAGAGAUAUUAUUUUGGGGGCGCAAAAAUGGUGGUGUGGAAGGGGCCUGGUAUUGAGCUGGAGACCAGUAAGUUGGUCGCAGUUAGAUUAUGCCUUCACAAUGAUAAUUUUAGUUGCGCCGUAGAUGAGUUACAUCCGG